CUGGCACACACACCUGACUCAAGCAUGGAGGACUUUUUUAAGAACUAUAUGCCAUGUAUGGUGUUUCUAUGGAAUAAAAUCUGGCCACCUCCAGUGGAGACGCUGGAACCAUCUGUGUCCACCAUAGAUCACGUGAAGCCAAGUGUGGACAUUGUACAGGUGCUAUAUGACUUCGAAGCCAGGGACCAGCAAGAACUGAGUGUGCAAGCUGGGGAGGAACUGUGUGUGAUCAAGGAUGAGGGGGAUUAUAUCAUGGCCAGGAAACUAACAGGAGCCAUGGAGAUGGGACUGGUGCCAGCAAAUUAUACAUCGUCUUUGAGUUUCACUCCUAGUCAAGUAACGCUUGACUGUAAUAUUCAACCCAAUAACUAUUGCCUUGAUGAUGAUGAUCACGGACUCCGCAAUGAGGACUGGUACGUAGAGGUUUCCAAUAGAUUAGAAGCAGAGAGAUUGCUGAUGUCCCCUCCUAAUGCCCAUGGCUCCUACCUGGUGCGGCCCAGUGAUACCAAUCAUGGACUCUUUUCGUUAUCAGUUCGCAAUGAGAAAAAAGUCACACAUUUCCGCAUCAACAUCAACUCCAAGAAUGAAUUUUACCUCCAGGAUGGGAGAAGUUUCUCCACUAUCCAUCAACUUAUCAUCUUCCAUAAAACAAACUGGAAGCUUCUGAAAAGUCCCUUGCUGCAUCCGUGUGUGGUGGAGGUCAGUGAAACCUGGGAGAGGUCACGUUCAGAGUUCAAAUUAAUAAGGAAGUUGGGACAAGGAUUUUUUGGAGAAGUUUAUGAAGGUAUCUGGAAUGACACAGAAAGAGUGGCCAUCAAGACCUUCAAACAAGAUGACCUCAAUAGAAGUGACUUUGAGAAGGAAAUAAAUGCUCUGAAGAAUCUGUGUCACAGGAACCUUAUCCAGUUAUUGGCUGUUUGCUCUAUCGGAGAACCUGUCUACAUUGUCACUGAGCUUAUGGUCAAAGGAAACCUCAAUGACUACUUGAAAGGCACUGAAGGCAGCCGGCUUACAAAUGCCCACUUUGUUAACAUUAUUUGUCAGGUGGCGGAUGGUAUGGAGUAUCUGGAAAAGAAACAUGUUGUGCACAGGGAUCUGGCUACACGAAAUGUUCUUGUUGGAGAAAACCUAAUCUGCAAGAUUGCUGAUUUUGGAUUGGCUCGGAUACUUAAGGAUGACUGUUAUUCUCCAGAAAACAAUCGUAGUAUCCCAAUAAAAUGGACAGCACCAGAAGCUUUAAUGUACUGCAAAUAUUCUACCAAAUCGGAUGUGUGGUCAUUUGGAAUUGUCAUCUUUGAAAUUUAUAUGCUUGGAGAUAUUCCAUAUAAAGGAGUUAACAACCGGGACGUAAUCACAAAAGUCACUCAAGGCUACAGGCUGCCGCAGCCUCAGGGUUGCCCCAAUGAGAUGUACAAAUUAAUGCUGCUUUGCUGGAUGGACAAACCGCAGGAUCGGCCAAGUUUCCAAGAGUUGGUGGAAAAAUUUACAAAUAUUCAGAGGACAAUCCGAUGAAGAAAGACAACCCUGAGCUGCAAGAGGAAGUCAAAGUUUGGGAACAAUGUAGAAUAUGGAGGAUGGAAGUUGUCAGUAGGGUGGCGUAUACCCCUACUAUAGGCUGAUAAUAGGACAAAAUUAUACACCGUAUUGUAACGUACACUAGAGGAAACUUUUAUCCAUCAAGACUUGAAAUAGUGAGAAGGUGACCACAGAGGAAUGAGUGUGCAGGAAAGGGUUACAUGUCUGGCCACACUUCCCCUGUACUCAGAAUCUCCAGAGAUGACAAGAAAAUUUCUGUAUCAUUUUACAUUGUCAAUACUUUGAAAAUGUGAUAAAAAAAACUGAACAUUGUCACAUCUUAUAAAACAGUACAACAUUCCUAAUAUUUAUUCCAGA